CUGAGAACCAACUACAUGUUGUUACAUGUCACGCAAGAGAUUAAAGGCCGUAUUACAGCUAAGUUACGCUUCCUCAGUGACCAAGCAGCCACAUGGACAACAGAAAAAUUCGAUGAAGUCGUAAAGAAGGACAAAGUGGUGGUUUUUAUGAAAGGAGUUCCUGAGCAACCAAUGUGUGGUUUUAGCAAUGCUGUUGUUCAGAUUCUUCGGAUGCAUGGUGUCGAAGGUUAUGGAGCUUAUAACGUACUAGAAGACGAGGAACUGAGGCAGGGAGUGAAAGAAUAUUCGAGCUGGCCGACAGUUCCUCAAGUCUACAUUGGAGGAGAAUUUAUCGGUGGAUGCGAUAUUGUGUUACAGUUGCAUCAACAAGGUGAAUUGAUCGAGGAACUGCAGAAAGUUGGAAUAAGAUCUUUGUUACUGGACAAAGCCGAAGAGGAUAAAAAGGACACUUAAGCUUGAGAAACUUGUACAAUACGAUUCGGCGCUGGCCUAACAUUGCUUCGAACAAUCUUGAACAUCCACCAUAACCAUGGAUGACGUAAUAGUUCUCAGACAGUUGAACUAAGUUCAGUGCGACUUGCACAAAACUGAGUUUGAUAACAGGAAAAAAAAAGAAAUAAAUUACAUCCAGGUUCGAUGUCAUCUUUGUUUGCUUUGGUCCUGAACACUUAAUGUCAAAACUGAACUUAGCUAUAUGACUUAAGGUGGUAAGUUUACUGAAGAAACUAUGAUGCUGUUCUAGUGGACAAUAUUAUGAGUGAAAAUACUUUGGUUUUAUUGAGUGAGUUGAUAAUAUUAAUUGGCCACUUAAAAAUUUAUUUCUGUAAGAUAAUACAGCAGUGUGCUUAAUUGGAGCCAAUAUUACAGAAACAUCUCAUAUCACUGGUACAAUUGUAACAGGCCACAGCCUCUUAUGAGCUUUGUACACAAGUCUAAGUUGCACCCUUAAUGCAUCAUGCUACAUGCCAUUUGUACAGUCUGUUAAACACUGAGCAAGUAAAGAUAUCUUGCUGAAGA